CAAGUGUUGCUGCCACAAAAAAAAAAAAAAGUUUAAAGUUUAAAAGCCGCAUUAAGAAAAUGCGCCCGAGUGCCCGGCAAAGCAAAUACAAUUGUCAAUGUGCAACAAGUGAAUCAAUCCAAAAAAGUAAACAACUUUUUGACAACUUUACACUGCCUUACGGAUAAUAAGAAUAUUAUAAAACAAUAAUAUUAAAUCGUAGUUCAAUAUAUACAAGUAACAAACAAUCAAAAUUUAUAUAUUUACACCAACGAAACACCAUUUACAAAACGAGGAGGAAAGUAAUCAACAUUCAGCAACGACAACAAACAACAACAAAAAAAUAAAAAAGCGAAAGACUCCAAAACAAAGCCAAAAUAAUAUUAAAAUUAACCUUACACAUAUAAAUAUAUACAAGACAAGGAUUUUUAAAUCGAAACACUUUUAAGUGCUUUAAAAACAAAAUACAAAAUAUUAAAAACAAGUUUUACACACAUCGACAAAGGAACGGACUUCGAACUUUUUUCGAACUUUAUACAAAUUUUUUAUGGAAAACCAAAACCGUCUCAUAUAAAGUGCCUACAAAAAAGAAAAUUUCCAAAACGCAAAAAAUCUUAUGAAAAGAUCGAACCAAAAGUGUGAUAGGUAUACAUCAAGAGGAAGAAAAAGGAAGCUAGAAAAAAGAAAUUGAAAUAUACAUUUUCCUGAUUUGAGACGAGAGGAGAACCCUGGACCUGGGUGGCAUCAAGAUUGAUCAGAAUUUUCGCGACUGGCAGGGGUUUUCGGGAAACGGCUGCACGCUGGCAGCGAACAGCAUUUGCAGUGCAGGCUUUGCCCUCUCAGCGAUGCCCUUUAUCGACGAUGCGCUGCUCUGGUGUCCGGAUAAUGAUGGUCGACUCGUGGGUGGUUUAGACUUGGCCACAUGCAUAGCUGAUGAUUCAACGGUGACUGGAACGGAAAACAUAAAUCCCACUAUCCAAUCGGCUGGCAACCCCAACGGCAAUUCGCAGCAAACCAUCGGUGGAGGAGGAGGAGGCGGAGUAGUUGGCAUAGGCGUAGGAGGAGGCGUAUCCUUGGGCGUGUCCCUGGGCGUGGGACAAAAUGGUGGCGCAGUGCAGCCAUGCAACGAACUGAGCGGAGCGGCUGCACGCAGCGUCAAUGUGGUGGUGGAACCACUCUGCGGCAGCGAUUCCUCCGAUGAGCUCUUCCGCAGCUUCGAGGGCAACUUUGAGAUCGAGAGCCUGCUGUCCGAUUUGGCCACCGUCGAGGUGAAAGUCGAAAAUGAGGAGAACAACAACAAUGUGAUCGGAUCGGAUGACUUUGGCAGCGCAGUGGCCGCCGCUGAUGAUCUGCUAGCCAAAGAGAAUGCCCAGCUGAGUGCCCAGAAUUUGGUUGAUUCGGUGGCCGCCAGUCUGGUAGAUGCCAGCGGUGCCUUCGAUGGUUCCAAUUCGGCGGCAUCGGCAGCCUUGGCCGCCGCAGCGGCUGCCUUGUGCGGCGAUCUGAUUAAUAACAAUAAUAAUGAAUGCUCAGGAGGAGCAGGAACUGGAGGAGGUGGUGGUGGCGCCGGAGGAGGAGGUGGAGGAGUAGCUGGCGACUGUGGUGCCACCAAACUGGAGUAUGCUCUUAUGGGCGGACAGCCGCUGGCGGAGGAGCCGCGCUUUGGCACAAGUGCCGCAGCCAAUCCGCUGCUCGUCGAGAAGUUAAUGUCCAAGUGUUUGAACAUCGAGAAGCGAAUGGAAAAGCUGAGCGAUACUGAAAUUCCUAUUGUGAAACAAUCGACAAGUCCGGCGCCUCAGCAGCAGCAGCAACACUCCCAGCAGCAGCAACAUCUCCAGCAGCAACAGCAGCAACUGCAGCAGCAGCACAAUGCAACAUCCUUUGCCGGCGCCACAGCAUUGCUGCAUAUUAAAACCGAGCAGAAUACUUUGCUUACACCGCACCAACUGCAGCAGCAACAACAGCAGCAGCACAGCUUACAUGUUGCAGGAGGCGGCAACAGCAACAACAAUAAUGCACACCAGCAGCAGCAACAGCAACCGCUGGCCAUUCCGCACCGACCGCUGCUCCAUAAUCUGCUCAGCGGCGGUGCCAUCCACAAUCCGCACCACAGAAACUAUACGACGGCCACAACAGGUUCAUUUCCGCCCAGUCCGGCCGACAGCGGCGUCUCCGAUGUGGACAGCUCCAGUUCCGGUGGCCAGCCCUGUGCCGACGAGCUGAAGGCGCGCCUCGGGAUGCCACCGGCCUCCUCCGCUGCCAACAACAACAACAACUCUGCAUCUGCGUCCGCGUCGGCAUCUGGAUCUGCGUCCGCAUCGGCAGCAGCCGCAGCAGCAGCAGCGGCGGCGGCAGCGGCACACCUUCACACUGGCACAUUUCUGCAUCCGAAUUUAUAUCAGAACAAUGCGGCGAAUUCGCUGAGGAACAUAUGGAAUCGCAGUGUUGGGGUGCCCGAUAAUUACUAUGGCAGCAAUGGCGCCGGUAGCGGUGGCGGUCAGCCAGGAUCCGGAGCCAAUCCCCAGACUCCUGGCUAUCUGCCCUCGUCCUACUUCACCUCACCGACGGCAGCAGCGGCGGCGGUCUCGCAGCGCGGUGCCGUCCACAACGGCUAUCAUUCCCUACACCAGCAGCAGCAACAGUCGCAGCAGCAGCAACAGGCGCAGCAGCAGCUGAGCCACCAGCAAUUGUCGCACCAGCAGCAGCAGGCGCUCCAUCAGCAACUGCAGCAGCAGCAGCAACAACAGGCGCAGCAACAACAGCAGCAGCAGCAGCAACACCCGCACUCGCAGCUGAACGGUGCGCAUCCGCACUCACAUCCGCACUCGCAUCCACAUCCGCAUUCGCAUCCGCAUUCCACAAUCGCUGCAGCGGCUGCAGCAGCUGCCGCAGCCUCCGUGGUCAGCAGCAGCAGCAGCGCUGUUGCAGCGGCGGCGAUGCUGAGCGCCAGUGCAGCGGCGGCGGCAGCGGCCAACGCCUCCUCGUCCUCAUCCUCGGUGAUCCAACCGGCGACGUCCAGCGUCAGCUACGAUCUCUCCUACAUGCUGGAGCUGGGCGGCUUCCAGCAGCGCAAGGCGAAGAAGCCGCGCAAGCCCAAGCUGGAGAUGGGCGUAAAGCGGCGCAGCCGGGAGGGGUCCACCACCUACCUGUGGGAGUUCCUGCUAAAGCUGCUCCAGGAUCGUGAGUACUGUCCGCGAUUCAUCAAGUGGACGAACCGGGAGAAGGGCGUGUUCAAGCUGGUGGACUCCAAGGCGGUGUCCCGAUUGUGGGGAAUGCACAAGAACAAGCCGGACAUGAACUACGAGACGAUGGGCAGGGCGCUGAGGUACUACUACCAGCGCGGCAUCCUGGCCAAGGUGGAUGGCCAGCGGCUGGUCUAUCAGUUUGUGGAUGUGCCCAAGGAUAUCGUGGAGAUAGACUGCAAUGGUGUCUGAGGGGGAGGCCUGUAAAUAUAAAGGAUCAAUGAGUGAAGGAUCAAAGAAGAAAACAUAGUGGUUCUCCGGGGGGGAGGGAAAAUUAGGGUUAGGGAUUGGUCAAAGCAACCGGCUAGCGGCAAUAGUGGCUUCCAAGGCCACGCGAGGGCGGGAUCUAAUGAUAACUUGAUCGAUGAUAACGAGAUGAUGAUUUCUUUGUACAUGCGUUAAGUUACACACACACACACACUUUUAGCUGAUAGUCCCAAUAUAUAUAUGAUAUAUACCUAUGUAUAUCCACACCCUGUGUCCUGUACCCUAUACAUACACCCCUGAAAUAAUGAUGAUCUAUUCAUUUGGCGUUAGUGUUGUACUUGUAACUGUAAUUUUAAUUGUAAACUUUAAACUUUAAACUGUAAAACUGUAAACUCUAAACUGUAACGGUACGUUUAAUUAAUGAAUAUUGUUAUUAUUGGUUAUUAUUAUGAAUAUUAUUACGAUUAUUAAUAUUAUUAUUAUUAUUAUUGCUAUAUUGCUAUUGCUAUUGCUAUUGCUAUGGAUUGAUUCAUAUUGAUAUUCGAUAAACGUGUGUAAUAUGUAAAAAAUGAGCUACAAGAAAUUCUCUAUCUCUAUCCGAAGAUCUAAAAGCUAAAUCUAAAUCUAAAACUAAAUCUAAAGUGUAUAUUGCCUAGCCUAAUAUCUUUUCAAACUGCCCCCCAAGUUAGGCCCCACCUGCCCCAGGCUUUAGCCUUGCCGAUCUGAACGAUCAGGUGCGUUGGUGUCUAGGCUUGGGUCAAUUGUUUUUGUUGCUUAUUUUAUAAAGGAAAGAUGGAAAGAGAUGGAAAUUUAUUAUUUCAUAGUUUUAUAGUUAAUUUUACGACUACAUUUAGGUUAUUUAUUUAAGUGUUUCUCUCCAGCUAAAACCCUUAACUUCUCUCCCAUACAAAAACAUACACACACAUCCUAUAACUGGAGGUAAAAAGCCCAGGCAAUCUGGUGGUCUAAAACUUUCUUUGUAAUUAUUAUUUCGUAAGUCUUGUAUAUUUGCAAACAAACUCACAGGAUACAAACCCGAACGAACACACACUCCUUGAGCAGUCUUAGAACACCAAAACCUCACACACACUCAACUCUAUCGAUCUGAAGUUUAUGUUUAUUUAAAGAGCAAACUAUGUAUUUUUUGUUAACGUCACACUGCCACAGAUCGAAACAGAAACCCCUGAACAGAACAGAACAGAACCAGA